AUGGACCAGCAGGACUACCAGUACCAGCAAUACAUGCUGCAACUGCAGCAACAGCAACAGCAACAGGACCAACAACAGCGUCUCCAGCAGCAGCAACAAAAGGCCGAGGUCAGGCCCUCCUCCCGCGAGUUCACCGUCGUCGCUCUUGGCCGCAGUGGCGAAGGCAAGAGCACGCUCCUGAACUCGAUCCUUGGCAAGGAAAUGUUUCUCACCAAGGCAUCCGUGAGCGAGGUGACAACAAAGGUCAACCAGGCGACAAACCACUUUCUCAACAUCCCAACCAACCCUGUGAUGCACUGCAUCGAUACACCCUCGUUCAAUGGACAGCUACACGACACCGCACGCGUCAAGGAGCUCGGAGAGCUCUUGACCAAGGUCGCAGCCGGCGUUGAUGCUUUUCUCUUUGUUGUCAAGUGCACACGUUACAGAUAUGACAGCACGUUCGAGUCGACAUUGCAGACUUUCCAAAGAUUGUUGACGCCUGCAUUCUGGCCAAAGUUGAUUAUCGUCUUUACACACGCCACCCCAGAGAUCCUGCCAGCAAAUCCAGAGUUUCGACUGUCGUUAAUGGCGUGGGCGCGUGAAAUCCAGGAGGGGUUCAAGUUGGAGAAGCCACCACUGACGGUAUUUGCAAUGGACUAUGUCCGAUUUCCUUACCCUUCAGGAGGAGCACAGGAGUUUUGGAACACGCUGAUGACCCUCGACGCCAACACGGAGCCCUACUGCCACAAGCCCUUCCUGGAGAGUUUCGGGAACGGAAUUGCGGUCGAUGGAUAUGUGCAGCGAAUCAAGGGCUAUCUUGCCGUCUAUGAACCGUCUUUUUUCGAGGAGCAGGCUGAGGGACAGUACCGCGAGAACGAGCAAAAGAAGAAGAAGGAGAACAUGUUUGGAUUCUUCCGGAAAAGGAGCUCCAAGACGCCCGUGGCUGGUAUGAUUGGAUCGACACCCUCGACGCCGCCAUCACGGACGGCCUCAGCAGCUACGACUAACACCACUAGAUCCAAAAGCGCCGGCGCCUGGUCACCAUAG